AUGAUGAUGAGACUUUGGGGUAAAUUUAAAAGCCCUGAGAAAGCGGAAGCCUGCUCGUGCGUCUUUGUGUGUGUGUGCACGUGCACGUGUGUGUGCGCGCGUGUUAUCAGCUGAGCUAGCACGGAGCUGAUUAGCAUAUCAGCGGCUAGCUCUCACUUUGAAUUCACACACAGCUUUAAAAAUAAGAAAUGAAACGUGGAGGAAACACGGCUUUGUUAAGGCUGCUGUGACACAUUUCUGAGCAGGAGACACGGAGAAGCGAACCUGUGGAGACCAGAGUUUGUGCUUCCCCUCUGACCCUUUUUACACCCUUUUAACGCCUGUACGGCCACAGUGUCUGGCCACCGUAACCAUGACGACAGGGGGCUGUUGCCAUCUCCCCGGCUCUCUGUGCGACUGUGCGAGCAGCAACGGCCUGUGGAAGAGCGUGGAGGAAGCGGGAGGCGACGGGUGCCAGGCGCUCUACGUCACCCAGGUCACGGCCAUAGAUGGACGGCUGCUCUCGUCUGUGCUCAAACCGAUCGGCACACAAAGUGAUGGUCCCAUCUGCCGUAUUUGCCACGAAGGAGGCAACAGCGAGGGUCUCCUGUCUCCGUGCAACUGCACGGGCACUCUGGGAACGGUGCACAAGAGCUGCUUGGAGAAGUGGCUGUCGUCCUCCAACACCAGCUACUGCGAGCUCUGCCACACAGAGUUCAGCAUCGAGCGCCGACCGAGGCCUCUCACAGAGGUAACAAAGUGGCUGCGAGAUCCUGGCCCUCGUAACGAAAAAAGGACGCUGUUCUGUGACAUGGUGUGCUUCUUGUUUAUCACACCCCUAGCAGCCAUUUCAGGCUGGCUGUGCCUGAGGGGCGCUCAGGACCAUCUUCAGCUGGGGAGCUGGCUGCAGGCCGUGGGCCUCAUAGCCCUCACCAUCGCCCUCUUCACCAUCUAUGUCCUGUGGACACUGGUGUCUUUCCGCUACCACUGUCAACUGUACUCUGAGUGGAGAAGAACAAAUCAGAAAGUUCGUCUGCUCAUCCCCGAAGCCAAGGAGUCAAACUCUUCCCAGCAUUCCUUGCUCUCUACCAAACUGACGAAGAAGUCUGCCAAUGAGAGUAUAGUAUGAGACCAAACGGAGAUGGCCACUGAUAAUGGUGUCUUUUUAUGUGCGGGGGGCUGAUUGUCAACGCAUCAAGCCCACCGGCUGGUCUUUACAGAAGAACUUGUGGGAUUUUUUCUUUCUUUUUUUAAAAACAAACAAACAUUUAUUUGCCCCAUCAGUACUUAACUCACGUGGCUUUUUGAAGAAAAUCCUCCCGCGGGUGCAGAAAUGAGCUCAUCUUCACGCCGGGUGUUGACCGAGCUUUAUGCAAAAAGCACUGAAGAAGCACGUUAAAGACGUGCAGAGACAUUUACAUGAUGAACAGCCUCAUCGUCAUGGAUACGAUGAUUACAGCGACAGUAGAAGAAGAAGAAGUGACCAAACUAACUCGUUUAGUGGACUAGUGAAGUGUUUUAAUGAUUGUUUGAUGGUCCUCAGACGACUGUGGCGCGUAGCGGGGUCCAUACGUCAUGUGUGUGCUGCAGUGAUCGAAGUGUUAUGUCAUAGUUUGGGCCUUGAAUUGUCUGCACAACAUUGAUCAUGGAGGAGCUCUUUUUUCGAGCAGUUAUUGUGUGAACCCCACAUGAAUCUGUAGAGGGAAAAUGAAAAGCUUAAAUCUGAUGAUUUAUUUACAUUUCACAAUCCGGAUGCCAGUAUUCAGUCUGUUUUGUUUGAAUACAUCUGAUUCAAUAACAGAUGGCAGCAUAGCAUCAGUAAAGCCAGAGAUUGUGCAAUAAAACACUGUGGACAUGGAGGUCUUCGCGGUACAUGACGAGACCUCUAUCAACAUGCACAGUUACGCAUGCAAGCACUGUUAAUAACCUUUGGAGAUUUUCUUUUUUCUUUUUUUAGUGUUUGUGUGUUUGUCAAAAUUCUUUAGUGGUUUAAAAAAGAAGAACCGAUUUUACUCUUCCUACUGACGUAGGAUCUAACAGCGUCCUCGUAGAGGUUCUUGUAUUAUCAGCACUUAGCGAGUAGGUCUCGUGUAGGUCGAUAGAAAACUCCAUCGAAAUGGCUCUUAGAGGAACUUUUCCACACGUGUUGUCGGGUGGCUGACGCAGAGUACUAAAGCAUUGUUCUGAUUAGCUGUUUUGUUUGUGUGUGUAGAGGAUCAGGGAUACAGAAACUUCCUGCGAGCGUUUAUCAUUCAUGUCGCGUUCAUAAUCAGAUUAGUUUUCUCUGAUCUGAUGUAAAACUCUCAGUGUUUUGUGCUCCUGCCAGUCUAACUUAAAAUCUACCCACCAAAACAUCGCCGACUUUCACGAUGGGUACAUUAUGCAAACACCACAAAGGCUUAAUCUGACUUAAGCUUUGUCAGGUCUUUAAUUUCAAGGAUGCUUAUAGACGCUUCCAUUUGAUGGACGUCAUCAUAAAACUCGUCCUCGUCAUGUUUUGAUGUUACUGAGCAGACCUGUUUUGGGACUAUUCAGGAGAGUAGAAGAAGAAAUCCACUUCUCUCUCUUGUUUAUAGUUUUCUGGUUGAUUAACAGCCACUAAAAAAAAAACCGGCACCAAACAAACCGCACAGUCUAACUGGUUUGUUGUUUCGUUUUACUUAAUUUAGAUUAUGGGGAGACGGUUAAUUGCCACUUUAACUCACUGUGGCUUGUUCACAGGGAGACUGAGCCUGAAGAUGUAAACACCAACAACUCACGUAGUGUCGAAACCAACGUAAUCCAGCCUUUGUGUUAAGUCUGUGUUUCAGUAUUAUUGUGCAAAUCUUAUUAUUUUUAAGUGUUUCAUUUAUAAUUGCGCAAUUCUCCACAGAGCUGUACUACGCUGUACUACGCUUAAAACCAGUCUAAACUAAUUGAUUAUUAUUAUUUUGUCGAACCUAAACUUAGCAAUUAUUAUUUCUCUAUUCAGUGGAAUGACUUUUAUUUUUUUCAAUUAAUGAGUGAUCAUACUUUUGAUUAUCACACUUUAAUCAUGGUUUGUGCUUCCUGUGUGCUUUCUAUUUACUUUCUUCUAAGACGUCAAAGUUAAGGCUUCAUUUCGCAGCAGGCAUUCAUUGUAAAACAUCACACGUGGUGUGACAAGGCCAAAGGUCUGGAUUUUUAUGCACAACUAUGUUAUUCAUAUUUUUAUUUAAAAUGCAUAUAUAUUUACUUUAUUACAAUCAUGCUUGAACAAUAUUUGUAAAUUGGUUUUUGGACAGUCCUUCUGCACAAACUUUGUGAUCUGAAGUGAAGCAGCUCCAUGAACAGGCUGCAUCAGAGUAGUAUCGUUUGUUAACACCAGCUUUAUGGCUGUAAGUGUUGAGCGAGCAGCCAUCUUUUAAAAAAAACUGUUUUAGAAACUAUGUUUUACUUCUAACCGUGUGCGUUACCAGUGACCAGCAGCUGUAAGAGCGAUUUUUUCGCCCCUGGUGUUUUGUCUACACAAGCAUUACACUUUGUGGUACUGUUAGCUCCUGGUGGGUUGUCCCACAUACUGUCCCAGUUAAUCGUUUGUUUGUGUUUUUAACAAAGGAUUAUAUCCUGCAGUAUCCGGGGGAGCAUUACAAGCUUAUGAGUCAUUUGAUCAUCCAUGUGUUUACUCUAAAAUUGGGGCAGAUGCUGCUUUGAAACAAUGUAAAGAGCCGAACCGCUGAACUGGAUGAUGCAAGUACAAAGGUUCAGACAAAAACACUGCUCCUUCGUCGGCUACACGCCUGUUCAUGUGAGUUAUCUACAUGAAACCUCCCUUUUUUAGGUGUUAUUACACUUUAACCAUGAUGUAACACUUAUUUUAAUAUCCACAAAUCAAACCCAGAAAGAGAUUUUAAAUCAUUUUCUUCUUCGUUACACAAAUAAACAUGUAAAUGUUGUUGUUACUUAUGUUGUAUGUUUGUAAUAUUUUAAUCCUACAUGUCUUUUUUUUUGGGAGGGUGUUGGUAUCAUUUGUAAUUUAUGUUGCAGUUCUUCUAAAUACAUCAGUGUUUAUGAUGUGCUGUGGGGGGGUGGAAGACGUCUUCACCAAAAUAUUGGUACCUGCAAUCAACCAAGGAUUGUUUGCAAAGCAAAUAAAACCAUGAGGAUAAAUUCUGGGUGACAUUUAAUUCAGGGGAUUUGUUUUCCUGUGUUGACAGCUCUGUUAACAAUAAUCACUUUUUUUUUUUUUGUCUUGAUAUAUCUGUUUACAGAUUAUCUUCUUAUUCCAGCGAGGAUGAGACGUCAUUACUGUACAUGUGUUUUUGACCACAGCUGUGUGUUCGCGUAUUAAUCCUGAUGAAAAAACAACUGCUGAUGUCAGGUUUUGCUGUUGUGGACCUCUAAAUCCAUCCACUGCAUUUUGAAAAUAUAAGCAGCUUAUUAGUCUGUGCUCAUCAGGAGGGAAACACCAAACAGUAAAAAAUGUUUUUAGUGCA